AUGAAUAGUGCACCAGCUAAAGCAACAAUGUCUGUCCAAGAUCCAAGACUAUACAGUUCAAACUAUUAUAAUACAGCUGCAAUAAUGGUUCCAAAUGUACCACCACCACCAAUAGUUCCAUUCAGGUAUGAUCUAAGCCUUCCUCCACCUAUACAACUUGAUGCUAAAACAGACGACGAGCUCUUCGUUGAAACUUGGCUGUCGAAAAUCGGUAAAAUCAACUUGAACCUGGAAUCAACCACAGUUGAAGUUAAAACAACCCAGAUAAAACCUCAGAAAAGUAAAGGGCAUGUUAGUAUUCACGCUGCUAAACAAGGAUUGAAAAAAUGUUUAGAAAUAACACAACGUCUUGAAGCCACUCAAAAGAUUCUAGAAGAAAAUAUGUCCACAAUGAGCACCGAUGAAUGGAAGCGACACACAAGCGUGAUUGGUUCGUUGAAAGAUGAAUUGACUGUGCUAAUGGCGCAGUAUCAAAAUCCUGAGACCUUAAAAACACUAAAAUACGAACUUGCACAGAGGGCCAAAAAACGUGCGACCCAGAAACGCCGCAGAUACGAAAACCAGCUGCAAAUGGCCAAGAAAAAGGAAGAGAACCUAGCACAACAUAAAAAGAUAGAUUCUUGGCUUGUCGCGAAGAAGGAAGAAGCCGAGCGAGCGAAAGCUGAAGAGAUUAUGAAGAAAGACGCCGAUUGUGUGCUUGCUGAAGUUACCAAGAAGAAAACUGAAGCGCGGAAACAACUAUCGCUUGUGGCGUCGCUGAUUAAACUGCGGAAUGUCCGUGAAACUGCAGCAAAAGCUCGAGGGGAGAAGAUUCCAGCCGAAGAUAAUGCCGCGUUUUGUAAAACUACCGAAGCGUUGAUCAAAAUGUGGGAGAACUCGUCCAAAACGUACAGUAUUGAAGAGCAAGGGCUGAAACUGAUGUUGGAGCGGAACGCGUCCGAAGAUAAUAAACAAACGAUUGCAAAUAAAGAGAAAGAAGUGGCACAGCAAUGGGACCAAGUGCUUUUCGGUCCUAGUUAUGUACCAUCACCACUUUACUGGGCGCUUACUUCAGCGAAACAUGAUAUGGAGAAGUUCAUCGCAAUCAGAAAGAGUUGGGACACUUUUUUAACGCCCAAUACGGACACUGGGUCGAAAAUUCCGCUUGGGUGGGUUCUUCCAGCGGAUAGCCCUAGCUUAGAAUGGAGUCAAUACCAACAUAGUUAAUCCAACCGCAUAUAAAAUUAUUUUUUAUGAUUAAUAUUUUCAAAUCAAUUGCCAGGAGAUUGCAUUUAAAUAUUGGGUGUUUUUGUUGUGGAAAACUUAAAUAUAAAAUCACAUCUUUAUAAUU